GUAUAACUUGGUGGUUGUGUAAAUGCUUCAAUAAUUAAUAUUAUUGUUUUUCAGUUCAUUAUCAUUUGCAGAGUUUGAAACAAAUAUUACUGAAAAUUAUUCGCAAAUUAGACUAGUGUGAGGAUAAUUAUUUCACAAAUAUAAAAGGAUCGAUAGAACGAAGUACUUCAAUGCCAGAGAAUUUUAUGGUAACGUUGCCAAGAUGCAUUAUUGGUAACCAAUAGUUUCCAGGAAACUUUGUAACGGUUCAGCACGUGGAAUAGAGAAGCGGCAAGUAGUGAAAGGCGACACUGUGUCGUUCUUAAAUCUAAUAUUAUACCUAUAUUGUUUGUCAUAGGAAACUAAAAAUGAGGCGGAUUUUAACGUUCAGUUUUUGUGUCCUGAUAGUCUCUCAAGUCAUGGGAGCCCCGUCUGACAGAUUUUCAGAAGAAGAGGGAGAUUCAGUCGAGCAAGAACUAAUUAGGAAUCAUCAUUCAACUGCAGCAGAGCGCCGAUUAAAAUCUAAAGCUAGACAGUUCUCAUCUGAUUUGGACGAAUCGUCUCCUAUAGAGAGCAUAGAAGACAUUGAGGAAUCUGAAGAUGACGACGACAGAUCAAUCACGGAAGACGAGAUAUAUGACAUCACAGUUGGUGACGUAAUACGUGACGUUUUAAUUACACUGAGGGAUAAUCCAGAUAUAGUAAAACAGCUGAUUGCAAGUGAGAAGGCAAAACUAUCAGAGCAGAUUGAUGCAUUCAACAACCUUGUUGAUGGGGACUCUGCAGGAGAUAGCCUUGCUGGAUAUAUGAAACCUGCAGAACAACUAAAAUCUUUACCAAAGAGUGUUGAAAAGAAAACUGGACGCUCCGGAAUGCCCGUUGUACCCGGGGAGAUACAGGUGUCAGAAAAGCGAGCAGACGAAGUUAUAAAUGAUGAAUACACACGCGAUGCAGACACACGGGAAUCAGAAGAGUACAAAGAUUUCUUGAUACAACCAGAGGAGGGUGGAAAAGACGACCCAAUGUUUGAUAAUGAAAAAUCAAAACUUAAAGAAUCUGAAGAAUCACCGGUGUCAAAAAGCAAUGAUGACGACAACGAGUCAGAAUCAGAUUCAGGAGAAAACUCUUUGCGGUUACCAUACAGAUUCCCAUUUUUAAACCCACGCCAUAUGUUUAAAAGUUUUGGACGAUUAUCUGAAGAAGAACAACAUUCGUCAGAGGACACAGGUGAUCAAAACGAACAAUCAGACGAAACACGUGAACAUGAUUCAUCGACAGAGAAUGAUGAUAGCCACUUUCAUAAAACAAACAAAAUGUCUACAGUGUUAGAAAAAAGACGUGCAAAAACUGAAGACCAAGAUUCAAAGAACAUGAACAGCAACAGUGAUAAUAUGAAAAUGUAAUUAAAUAGAAACGAAUGAAAAAACGACAGAUUGGAAGGAAAAUAAAUAUGUACUUUAUAAAUCACCAUUCACUAACUAUUUAAUAACUUAAUUUUUUUUUGGUAAAAAAAUUGUAAUUUUUUUUGGUAAAAAAUUGUAAAUAUGUUAUCAUAAAGAUCUAUGACUCACUACCGAUCUUAUUUAUGAUAAUAUUCCAUCAUUAAUAAAGAGUGUGCGUAUAUCAAUAUUUAUUGAAUAGUUUACGGAGAUUUAUUAGAAUAUUCCUUGUUUGUGAUAAUACAAUGCUUAAUGGGAACAUAUUCGGCAGAGAAUAUAUAGUCGUUAAAACAUAUCUAUUUGGUGCGUUAAAUAUUUUAAAUGUUGUAUAUAAGACUUUCUUUCUUACUCUAAAACUUUUCUUUUUAAGUAUAUUGCUAAUUUCUACUUCCUUUGUAUACUUUGUAGUAGUCAAGUUAUCAUAGGAAUGUUAUACUUCUUGGAAGUAAUUCAAUAUGCUAAGACAAAAAUAUUUUUACACUAUGAAUGUUUUGCUUUUGAAACAAUACAAAAUGCACUUAACUGCACAUAUUCAUCAUGUUAACGUAGAGCUCAUUUUUUAAAAUAAAGCGAGGUUCCAUGAUGCCUUUUUAUCCACAUGAAAAUAUUUGCCUUUUACUUUUAUUCCUAACAUUGUUUAAACUGAAAUAUAUACUACUGUUUGUUCACUUCGAGUUUGCUCUGAUAUUUCCCGUUCAAGUGACAUCUUUGAUUUAAGAUGGUGAAAACAAUUUGCCAGAUACACUUUAAGAUAAAUCGGACUGUAUUCUUUAGAUUUUAAGUUUUAGGUAAACUUCAUAUUUUAACGUAUGUUUUCAACUUAUUCACUAUUGUUUUUGAAAACUGUCAUAACAAAUAAUUUUUGUAACAGUAGCUAUACUGAAA